UAUGAAAAAAUCCUAAUAUCAAGUAGCUUCGUUCAAAUUUUGAGUACUUAAAUUUGGAUCACGUGAGAUACCACGCAUGCGCAAUACACCAUUUUGACCUGUUCGCGCCAACUGUCAGAGAGCAGUGUGAAUUGAAUCAGUGUAGCGCACACCGGCGUGUAGAGCGUACUGAGUUUUUGUGACAGUAUUGUCCGCCCUCGGCUUAUUAAUAUGGUUAAUAUUAACUUCACUUACAUCCUUCUUUUCUGAAUGAAAUGACAGAAAUGCUCCAAAAUGUGAUAAGUGGUAACGUCGAUUAUAAAAAAAAAAAACAGUGCUUGUGUUUUCCAGUGCAUUUUAACCUCUAAAGUUGUGAAGUGCGAACCGUUAUUUUUGUUUACACAACGAUGAUUCUCGCAUUUUCGUUUUCGAUAUCAAGAGUUUUUUUCUGUGCGUAGAAUUACACAAACGUUAAUGACAGUUAAGAAUUUGUCUUAUUGUCUGCUACCUUUUUGGUAGAAAUAUGAGUGACAGUCCGCAAGUGGAGUUUGCCCUUGGCAGCGAAGUUUCCAUGGGACAUUUUUUCAAAAGUUCUUUCGCAAGGUCGUUCAUCUCAAACUGUCGUGAUGCAAAAUCUCUCAAUUACGAAUUUUUUGAUAAUGGAACUAUCACAGAGGAACCGGAAGGUGUAAGUGACAAGAGGAAUAAUAAUUUCUACUCUCUCGUGAAUUUCGGUUCCACGAUUGAGGAAGGAAGCGACACAGAACAAAGCAGAUCUGUUUGGAAAAUUGGAGAGGUACCGACUAGUUCCCCGGAAGCUAAGGAGUUGGAAGUACUUCGAAAGAAAUGCCAGGCACUAACGGAGGAAAAUCAGAGGUUACAUGACACAGUGGCAGCGCAUCAAAUGCCCCGUGCCCAAGCGAUUGACAAUGUCUUCCUCCAGACGCAGGUCUCCACGCUUCAAUGGCAACUCAAACAGACUGAGGCGAACAGGCAAAUGUACCGUUCGUUGAUGGAACAAGUAGUUCGUUUCUUGGACCGAACCCGGAAGAGCCUUGACAUUCUUCAUGAGAAGAGCAGUGCCAAGGACAAAGGCCGAGUUCCAAGAAGUCGGAGUGUCCAUACCGUUCACACUGAAUCCUCACCGAGUCCUGGAGCAUCGACGACCUCAUGCUCGUCAUCUGAAUCAUCCGUGUUCACCAGGGCUAAGUCAGUCAAUCAAAUUUCCCCCAGCUCCACAGUUUUGAGAGACUUCAGCUGGUCCGUUUUGCGACGAAACGAUGCUGUGAAUUGCUCCCCAUCAAGAUUGAAGCCAGCACUCAGACAAGACUUGAAUAAUACUCACGAUGGUGUUGUUUACCGAAGGCCCAAACAACCCCAACUUAAUCCUCAUGAAAUCCCACCAGAAAAAUUGUCACAGGAAGCUUUCAGGUUAAUGAGAACUGUCCAAUCGUUGAUGGCGAUGCGAGAGCCGGACUUGGCGAGGGUGUCCUCGAUGGAAGAAAACGGCUCCUCUCCUUCACCAGUAGACCACCAGCACCAUAACGACUUGUCAUUAUCCUUGCAAAGCAACAACUUCGUCAACUCCACGACCUUGCCAGAUGUCUCCUUUGUCGGUUCGAGUAGCGAUCGUGGAACCGAGUCGAGUAACGAAGGCGACUGCAGAUCAUUCUGCAAAACCUCAUCCAGCACCGCUGAAACAAAUAUUAACCACCUGACGUCGCUUCUACCCGGUGCGAGGAGAUCACUAGAUGCGACGUCCUUGAAUUCCGGUAGUAGUAAAACGACAGAAGAAGACGAGGUCUUGCCAACUACUAACAACUACGUAGACUCCAUCGCCAAGAGGGAAUUCUUCGGCUCCGACUCUAGGCGCGUAAAAAAGGUGGAGAAAGACGUUGUUAAGAUCAGGCCGAAACCUUCCAAUAGUGUGAGCAGUGCGGAGGAUGAAAGCGGAUUUUCGUCUAUGAGCUCGUUUCAAGAAGUUGGAUUACCUUCUGCCUUGCCCUUUUCUCCAAUCAAGGGUUGCCAUACAGAAGUCGGUCUCCCCGAAGUGCCACUCGACAAGGUCAGACAUCGACGAUGGUCUUCAACGCCAGCUGAAAUUCAGGCCCUUUUCAAACGCCAUAGUGGCAGCUUUUCCAAUUCACAAGCCACAACAGAAUCGCUAAGCGUCUGGGUUUAAAAAUUUAAAAAAAAACACACACACACACCUAGCUAUAGGUAGGUAUCUCAAUUCUCCGGACACUGCGUUUUUGAAAACCACCACGAACUUAUUUUUGUACUGUAUAUAAUUUUUACUCUCGAUAAUCUAUGUGAUCUUCGUUCUACCAUUUAAACUUUCGUAUCUAGAAUACUGGCUUCCAUUGUCGUGAAAUGCUUGCUGAACUGAUUGCAACCAGACGGCGAUAAACUGCGUUGCUAUUUGAUAUUUUUUCUUCUCUUCAAGGGCAAGGAUGAAAAUUGUCGAAUCCAAACUUGCUCCCAUUUUCUCUGAUUGAAUGAUCCCGCAAAGCAGCGAUUGAACUGCAUAUAUUAUAUAUAUUCUUCUCUUCUUCGGCAACGAAGAAAUGAAGACUAUAUUUUUUGGUUGAAAAUGGUCAAUUAAUUUUUUAUCCGGUGAUUAAUAGAAUUGUGUAACAAAUCUAUCAAAUGAAAUACACCAAUAUAAAGGUUUGAUUUGAUCUUUCGGUGUUGCUUUAUGAGUCGAUAUUUUACUUAGAAAAGGUAUUAAAAUAUUGAUAGAACAUCCAUAUUUCAAACCUAUUAAAAGAAGAUAAAAUAACAGAGUGCUUAAAAUCCCCUGAGGAAAUUUUCAGACCACGCUUCGUAUUCGGGGAUGCAUUUAUUUAUGAUAGCUUUCUUAUUAUCUAGCAAUUGAAUAAUUCGAUACCUCAGCGUUUUAAAAAACUCUCUCAAAGUUUACUUCUAAAAUGAUUUUGCUUUUUGAGUUGGGCCCUUUGCUUUAGUAAACUGAGAAAAAAAUAUUUUUUUCAUUAGAGAUAUUUAAUAUUGAAUACCCUAAAUUAAAUCUUGUCGAUCGAAAAGAAUUUUCUUUGUUGCAAUGAAUAAUGUUUUUCAAAUACAAAAAUCAUUCUUUUUAUUCGAAGUGCUAUGUAUGCAUGUGGCAUUUAGGUGUAAAAAUAAAGGAGCCUAUAGCUUUCUAAAUAACAAAAAACCAAGGAAUCUGUAAAUAAUGUCUUGUGUCUGCAUACUUGAAUUCCUUUGAUUUUACACUGAAUUUAUUUUAAUUCACAUUCAGUUCUUUGGAUACUUUGUAUUAUUGUGAAUUCUUUUAAAUUGCCUAAAAAGCUCUUAAAAUCUUUCAAAUUUUUUUUAUUUCUCGUAACUAUUUUAAAUCUUCUGAAUUCCCUGAAUUCAGAAGAUUUAAAAAAGGUUGAAAGAAAUCAAAAGAAUUUGAAAAAGGAUAGAGCAUUACAUGGACUUGGAAAGUAUUGAAAGGAAUCAUGAAUUCUAAAUAAUACACUAAAGCAGAAAGUAUUACAUAUUAAAUCUGUCUGUUUGCCGCGACAGGGGGCAAAAUGCUAAAAGCAAGUAGUUAUUUUGGGCGAACAGCGCCAGAUUAAUCGUUUUAGGCGUGCACUCCGAGAUACGUUCUUUUAACGUGGAGGUCCUGAAUUAAGCUCAUAUUUGCGAUUAUUUAUGUUAGAGAUUAGUGUAUGUAUAUUGUAUAUGUGUAUAUGUGUAUAUGGCUAUAUGUAUUUGCGUAUGUGAGAGAGUAGUGAGUGUAAUUUGUAAAGUCCAAUUAAAACGUGCCUGGUUUCUAUAAUUAAAAUGGCAAAUUUUAAACAUUAAACUAUAGAUAUAAUGUAUUAUUUGCUUUAUAAGUUAUAAAAUAUCUGAACAUUUGUAUGACGAAUUGUACAUGUCAUGUUUGUCCAGAGCUAUGCGAAAAACUCGAAGCCGGAUUGAGUUGACGAGAAACUCAAAAACAGUCGAAAGCUUUGAAAUAUCAUAAAGUUUCUGAUUUUUCGAGACAAAUUGGAACUGGACUCGACUUGAAGUUUCGAGUUUUCUCCACACCCCUCAGUUUGUAUUAUAUUUUUCAUGAUAUUAAUAACAAAAAUCGAUAAAUUUACGAGCCGUCGAAUGUACCCGAUGUGCACUGAUGUUGCGAUAACAUCGUAUUUCUUAGAUUUAGGUAUCGGCAUUUUGGCGAUUUACGAGACUACAACGCUCCGAUAUUCGAUUGUCUGCAUUUAUUCUUGCGAAAAAAGUUUGAAACAAAAAAUAUUAACUUUACCUGUAACAAUUUUGUAUAAUAAAACUUAAUUUCAUGAGCGAACGAA